AUGUCGUUCUUGUUGAAUAUGAUCCAUGGCAAAUUCACUACAAUACCAUCGCAAGAGGAAGAUUGCACAGACAAAGUAGUCAUCAUCACUGGCGGAAACGGCGGGAUUGCUCUCGAGGUAGCGCGACACUUUACCCAACUCAGUGCUGCUAAAGUCAUCCUUGCAUGUCGCAGUCUUGAGAAAGGUGACCAUGCAAAGAAAGACAUUGAAGAGACAACUGGAAAACAAAAUGUCGUCGAGGUCUGGCACUUGGAUCUCGCGUCACACGAUAGUAUUCGCGAGUUUGCAGAUCGUGUCAACAAGUUAGACCGACUGGACGUCUUUAUUAACAAUGCAGGUCUUCUUGUCUUUAAGCGUGCGCUUAUCGAAGGUCAUGAGUCCAUGCUGAGCAUCAAUGUCAUCUCGACGGCUCUACUUACGCUUCUUGUUCUCCCUGCUUUGAGACAGACGUCGAACAGGUUCAACAUUAUUCCACAUAUUGGCCGCCUUCCUGUACAAGAGCCAAAUUUCAUCAAAGCUCUUGAUGAGCAGCCAAGCGUCCUCGAACACUACAGCAAGACAAAACUAGUUCAACUCAUAUUCAUGACCCAACUCGCCAAAGCUAUUGAAGCAUCUGGGAAAGGCUAUAUCGUCGUCAACGGCGUACAUCCUGGCUUCUGUAGCACACCACUCUUCGAUAACACGCCCUGGCCAUUCAAUCUUAUAUUUAAAGGCCUUCUUGCACUUUUUGGACGAACUCCGGAGGUGGGAUCCCGUGCCUUACUGGCUGGAGCGUUCGCAGAUGAGAGUUUGAACGGGAAGUUUAUGUCUAAUGGCGCUUUUCAUGAACUACCCAAGAUUAUGCAGGGAGAUGAGGGGGAGGAGAUGUGCAGAAAGGUCUGGGAGGAAUUGAUUAGUAUUUUGGAAGAGAUUGAGCCUGGCGUAACAAAGAAAGUGUAG